GAAACACCAGUACCUUUAAAUGAAGUGCAGUACGCCUCUCUUCACCGCGGUUAACAUGAGCAGAGCUUCAUACUGACAGCAGCUCUCGAGGGUGAACACUUGAUUAAGCUGCAGAACCUCUAAUAGAACCGGCGCAUAUUGAUUUCCUUUUUAAUAUUGGGGUGAAGGUGUUGAUUACACGUAUUUUUGAGGUCUGUGCUCUUCCCUCGUAUUCCGCUAUCCCAUUUUAUCUCAGGGCAUUGCCUUUUAAUUUAUGUUUCUCAGGUGUUAUAUGCACCAUUGGAUUCUUCUACCAAGUGGUGAGAGGAUUGGUAAUUGAUAUUUUUAAACACCGAUACACUUUCUUGCUUUAACCGGACGCUACACCUUCGUUUUCGGAUAUCUCAAACGAAAGAAAGCGUCGGUUCUACUAAUUCAAGGCUGGUGGAAUAGGUUCUCUACAGUACAAUGCUGCUAAGUUUGUAUACUCUGAUGACAUUUGUAUGGGGACUACCCGGCUUUUCUGCCUCGUACGUGCCUUGUGAGCCGUGCGAUCAGAAGGCGAUGUCCAUGUGUCCUCCGGUGCGGAUGGGGUGUCAAGUGGUGAAGGAGCCCGGCUGCGGAUGCUGCUUGACCUGCGCACUGACCGAGGGGCAGGCAUGUGGAGUCUACACGGGCACUUGUGGACAGGGACUGCGCUGCUUGCCUCGAAACGGGGAGGAAAAGCCGCUGCACGCACUGCUUUACGGCAAAGGAGUUUGCAUGAACGAAAAACUAUACAAACCACUGCUUAGAGAUCGUGAGUCACAUGAAGAUGCCCUCGUUACAGAGGUAACAGAGGAUCUGCUUCCCCAGGCCAAAGUUCCAUUAUUCCAACGAGACCACAUUACCAGCAAGAAGGCUCAGGCCAUGCGAAAGGAUCAGAAGAGACAGGAGGCUAAACUCAGGAUGAGGGGCAAUUUUGAAUACCCACUCUUUGGAAAGGACAAACAUCAGUCUGACAUUGGUCCAUGCCGAAGAAAGCUGGAUGGAGUUAUCCAGAGGAUGAAGGACACCUCCAGAGUCGUGGCUCUUUCAUUGUACCUGCCUAACUGUGAUAAGAAAGGCUUCUUCAAGCGCAAACAGUGUAAACCCUCCAGGGGGCGCAAACGAGGCAUCUGCUGGUGUGUAAACAAGCAUGGAGUUCAGAUGCCGGGCACUGACUUUAAUGGAGGCAACAUCCAAUGCAAAGAUCUUGAAAGCAACAGCAACAACAAUGAAUGAGACAACCCAAAUUUGGUUGCGUAACAAUGACAUUGUACACUCACUUUCAUCUACCAUAUUAUGUGAUUUGCCAAUCAUUUCUAAUUUUAAUCUUAAGAAGUCUGACCUUUAUUUGUGGAAAAUCCAUAUUAUAUAAAAAAGCAGCUAGGCAGAGGAUAUGCUCAAUACACACAACAGUUACUGAAUCCUGCAAUUGUCCUGUUUGAUCUUCAAGUGUCAUUAAGGUAGAUGGGAUGUAUCAAGUAUCAUUUGGGAAAUGUACUAGAGUCACGGACUAGUUUCCACUAUAUUUUAUAUCAUAGACAUCUUAUAUAUUAUAUCAUAGAAGGUUUUAUGAGCUUAAAGGAACAGUUCACAGAAAAAUUCUGCCAUUGUUUACCACCCUCAUGUCGUUUUAUACCUAUAUGACACUCCUGUGGCACACAAAAUAAGAUUUUCAACAGUUGGGUCCAAAACAUUAGACCUUUUGUGUAUUAUUUUGUCUUCUACAGAAAAAAAUGUAUACAAGUUUGGAAUGACAAGGUGAGUGAAUGAUGGCAGAAUUUUCAUUUUGGGUGAAAUAUCUUUAUAUAUUAAUAUGACUCUGUUUUUUAAUUAACUUUUUGUCCAUGGCACAGCACUAAUUCACUGAAUAGUACGUGUAUAGUCUUGACACACAGUUGUUUUGUACAGCCCUUUCCAAAGGUUUCAGCACAUUAGUUUAAUGCCUUGGCAAAGCCUGAAUGAUAUAGGGAAAUUUAUAUUCUAAUAACCACUGUUUUAUGUACUGUAUAAACAAACAAAAUAUUCUUAUCAAAGAAAACAAAGCACAACCUCUCAAUAAGCUUAAACAUGCAGUUUAUAUAAAUCACUACGAAAUAAGAAAGUUGAAUGCACAAAGGUAACAAAACAACCUUUUUUCUAUUUUUUUUUUUUUUUUUUUCAAUUUUUUUUUUUUUUUUUUUUUUUUUUUUUUUCAAAACAGAUCAGGGUCCUUGGGUUCUUAUGGAAAUCUCUGUGCCUUUUUCUACUCAAAUAUUUGAAUACUGAUUUACAUCAAAGGCAUCAAAGGGGCCACAGAGGGGAAAACACAAACACUCAAAAUGCUGACCUUUAGUUUGCAGGAGUGUAGAUUCAAAAAAGCAAAUUCAAUGUUCUUAAAAAGUAGGCAAAUUGAGUUUAUUUGCAUUAUGAAAAUGCCAUAGUAGUACAGUACCAAAGGUAUUAUUAGGUGUUGGCCCACAGACUUGAAUUUGGUGAAACCACUUUUCCCCCUAAUGGUAUCAAAAAUAUGCUUUUUAUGCUUAUGAGAUUAUUUGCAUUGCAUGUGUGACGUACGUGUCAGAGCAGAGGCUGACGAGUUCAGAAUUUUUCCCUGUUUGUUGAAUUGUAGUAAGUACUCUGUCAUCAUCACCUGUAAACCAGAUCGACUCAGUUUUAUUUUAGCCAUAAUCCUCAAAGUUUUUAGGCAUGUUAAUGAUUCUGUGAGAUUUUAGAAGGAAAAUGUUCCUCUUGUUACUCUUGAGUAACAUGGAAAGGAUUCUGAAUGAUAGUAGGCUCACUGAGACAAAAAUACAAAGCAGAACAGUGUGACUAGUUUCGCAAGAUCUAAUAAUGGAGUGACUUUGAUGUAUGUUAAAAAUAAAAACUAGUCAGUUUCUUCCCCAUAACUUUUUCAGUUUAAGAUUCUUAUUCUUCUUCAUUUAAUAGCUUUAAAUAGCAUAUUUAAGCUGAGCCCAA